AUGCCUAACUAUGCAAAGAUUUUGAAGGAUAUCUUGACCAAGAAAAGGAGGUUUGGAGAGUUUGAAACCAUAACUUUAACCAAGGAGUUCAGUGCAAUUUUAACAGACAAGCUUCCACAGAAAAUUUGGGAUCCAGAGAGUUUUACUAUUCCAAUCUCUAUUGGUGGAAAGAAUGUGAGCCAUGAUCUAUGCGAUUUACGUGUCGGCAUAAACCUCAUGCCAUUGUCAGUGGACAAGUUCAUUUUUCCAGCUGACUUCAUCGUCAUCGACUAUGAAGCAGACAACGAGAUCCCAAUAAUUUUAGGGAGGCCUUUUCUAGCCACUAGUAGAGCGCUAAUAGAUAGGCAUAAUGGGGAGCUUACCAUGUAA